AUGAUCCAAAAGGUCUACAACAGAAAGAAUCGAGGGUUUGCCGUCCCCAAAUCGGUCGUUCUAGAGGAGCAGCACCGUCUUUCCAAAACUAGGAAGAAACGUGCCGUCGCUACGCCUCUCAAUACCUCCACCGCCGUGGUUGCCUCUAAUGCCGACCCCCCAAUCAUGGCUUUACCUAACGAAGCUCUCCUCUUGGUCUUUGAGAAUCUUGAUGUCCCCAGCCGGAUCUCGUUCGCCCUGACCAACAAGUUCUUCGCCCAGAUCGGCCAAAAGGUCUCUACCGAUCUCACCGACGUUCCCAGCGUGACCAAGUACCACAAGAACUGCGCAGCCACCCCGUGCAUGUACGUCAAUCACAUCAGUGACCGUCGCAUUCUCAUGUUGCAAUUGGCCAAUUGGAUGCCCCGAGGCACUCGACUCUGCUGGAUAUGUCUGAAGUAUACCAAAACCAAGCAAGACAAGUGGACCACGACCCAUAAAAUCGACUUCUCCGGAAUAGGUCGAUUGGGCCAUCCACACGUCGAUUGCGUUGACAAGGUCCAUGCUCACCGCCGUUGCCUGCCAAUUGCAGAACUUGGCCGGUGGGCAUGGACUACCGAAGGUGCAUGUGGAGGUUUCGGUCGCUUUGAGGGCACACCGAAUCUCAUCGAGGGCUCUCACUUGUACAAUGCCGGCUUUUGA